AUGCUGUGGACUUGGGAACAUACUGUUCUCGUGAUUUCAAUGAUCUGCGAUAUUCUUACCAUUGCCGUUUAUAGUUACGUAAAGAAACUCCGAAAUACACUCGGCAAGUGCGUUAUUAGCUGCCUACUCAGCAUGGUCAUGAUGCAACUUCUUUGGAUACUAGGCCUUUUGGAGUUAUUGGAUCUUAACCUUUACUUGGAUCUCAUUAACUUAGGAUUCCACAUCCUACGUAUAUUCAAUUUGGUCAUGUUUGUGUUGACUGUCAUUAACAUUCGGAAAGUGAAAAGAGAAAUUUUGAGGUUUGAGCAACAGAAAGAGACCACAAGGACCUGCUUUAAUUUCGAUGCCCAAACUUAUGCAGUCUACUUGAGAAUUUCCGUUAUCAUGGGCGCAGCUUGGAUUUUUAAUUCCAUUACUGAACUUCUUAAAUUUGACGACUAUUACUUUGGUUUAAUCGGAGCUUUAAUCCAUUUCUUUUUUGGUAUUAUCCAUUUUUUUUUGCUUAUCCUUAAGCGAAGCACCCUAAAGCUUUUAAUAGAUAGCUUUCAUGAAAGAAGGAAUGAGAAGCGAGUCCGUGCUCAGAGGAAAAAAGACCUGGCACAAAUAUCUAAACACAUCCAGAAAAAAAACAUAGUAAAUGCUAAUGCAGUCCAUCUCCUAUAA